ACUGUUUAUUUUUAUUUCCGCCGGCCGCUGUUGUUAAGGCUAUAGUCACAUCACAAUUCUCGUCGGUAUCACACCACCCUUUACUGUUAAUAUUUCGCCUUUGCUUUUUGAUAUUUCCGUCCGGCGGCUUUCUCUAAUAAUUUUUAGAAAGCGUGUUAGUUCCCCUUUGACCCUCUACUCUGUUCAGAGUUUGAAGACAGCUUUAGUAUAUUUUCGUGUUGCUUAAUUCAAGAGGCCGGUCUUGUUUUCUCAAGAGAAACAAUACAUUAUAACAUGGUCUUUUGGAUCGCAGUGGCGACGGUGGCGGUCGUUGUUCUCGCCACCAAAUUCUACUACCAAUCAACCAUGGGAAAGUUUGAUGAUGACGUUUCCAUGCGUGGGAAAACAGUCAUUGUCACUGGCUCCAAUACUGGAAUCGGCAAAGCCACCGCCUUGGAUUUGGCAAAAAGAGGAGCCCGGGUGAUUCUGGCCUGCCGCGAUUUGCAAAGAGCCAAAGAGGCAAAAGUUGAAAUUUCGGAGAAAAGUGGGAAUUCCAGCGUCAUUGUGAUGAAACUGGACUUGAGCACAUUGGAGUCGGUGCGCGAAUUUGUGCAGCAGUUUUUGGCCAAGGAGGACAGGCUUGACGUGCUGGUCAACAACGCGGCCGCCGUCGGCAUGGCCUACAAACUGUCCAAGGACGGGAUGCAGCAGGAGUUGCAGGUCAACCACUUUGGACCCUUCCUGCUCACCAUCCUCUUAAUUGACAUUUUGAAAAAGUCGUCGCCCAGCAGGGUGGUCGUGGUCUCGUCGCUGGCGCACAAAUUCGGAUCAAUCGACUUUGACAACCUGAACUGCGAGAGGUCCUACCCUGGUACCCGCAGGAACUACGCAAACGCCAAACUGGCCAACGUGCUUUUCGCCAACGAACUUGCCAGACGACUUGAGGGAACUGGCGUGACAGUGAAUAGUGUGCACCCAGGCCUGGUGAACACUGAGAUAGCCCGGAGAAUGCCCAGUUUUUGGCACAAAAUUUACAAAGCGUUUAUCGGCUUCAUCUUUAAGAGCGCGGAGGAUGGAGCAAAAACAGUAUGCUACCUGGCAGUUUCGGACAAAGUGCGCGACGUGACUGGAAAAUAUUUUGCCGAUUGCAAGGUUGCGGAAAUGUCUGAAGAAGCGAAAAACGAGGAGCUGGCGAAAACAUUUUGGGUCAAGUGCGUCGAGUUAGUAAAAUUGCAGCCAAAUGAAAUUUGUGGCAUUUGAAUCAAAUACUUUUAUUACCAAAUUAAAAUAAAAUUUGAAAGCGCUGCAGGAAGUAAUAAAUUAAUUAUAAGCUUGAAAACCAAAAACUUUCUUGUAUGAUAAUUUUUUAUCUCAAAAUUUAUGCAUAAAAAAACUGGCAAUAACUUGUGUAGAAUAUUAAAAAUAAAAUCUUUAAUGCAUCAAGUGGAAU